AUGACAUCUUACAAAAUAAAAAAGCAGGUGUACUCCGAAGUCUCGUCCAGAGUAGAAAUCGGAUUGUUCUCAGCAGAAGCGCGCGGCCUGGGAGGCGCCCCGCGGCCUGGGGGACGCCCGGCGGCCUGUGGCAGGCCCCGCGGCCUGGGGGGCGCCCCGCGGCCUGUGGCAGGCCCCGCGGCCUGGGGGGCGCCCCGCGGCCUGUGGCAGGCCCCGCGGCCUGGGGUGCGUCCCGCGUCGCCCCGCGGCCUGUGGCAGGCCCCGCGGCCUGGGGGACGCCCCGCGGCCUGUGGCAGGCCCCGCGGCCUGGGGGACGCCCCGCGGCCUGGGGGGCGUCCCGCGUCGCCCCGCGGCCUGGGGGACGCCCCGCGGCCUGGGGGACGCCCCGCGGCCUGUGGCAGGCCCCGCGGCCUGGGGGGCGCCCCGCGGCCUGGGGGGCGUCCCGCGUCGCCCCGCGGCCUGGGGGACGCCCCGCGGCCUGGGGGACGCCCCGCGGCCUGUGGCAGGCCCCGCGGCCUGUGGGGACGCCCCGCGGCCUGGGGGACGCCCCGCGGCCUGGGGGGCGUCCCGCGUCGCCCCGCGGCCUGUGGCAGGCCCCGCGGCCUGGGGGACGCCCCGCGGCCUAGGCCCGGCCCCUCCCCGCCGCCCCGCCGGCCCCUCGCCCCGCCGUGGCUACGCGUUCGCCGGGCUCUGGGUAAACGCCACCGCGGCGCGUUUCUGCGCGCCCACCACCCUGAACGCGUCACAAGAAAUAAACUGUAA